AUUAUCAUACUUUCUCAUUAAUAAUCACAAGUAUGACUUUUUACCAAUUCUUGCUGAAUUACCUAAAGAUUCAAAAGUUGUAUCGAAAAUCAUGAAUUUCACUGUAGUUUUAAUGAAGGAUUUAAUGCAGGAAAAAGAAAAAGUGGAACUAUCAAAACAUAUUACGAAUCUUGAGAAUAUUGUCAAACACUGCACUGAACUUCUUUUACGAUCAAAAGGGAUAUGUAAUGUGAGAGGUGCUUUAGAGUUUAUUAGAUCAACGGACAAAAUUAUCUCAUUUCGCGAAUCUACAGACAAUGUUUUGACGAGGCUAACACAAGAUGCAAAGUUUAUAUCAUAUUUAAAGCAAACAUGCUUAUUUAAUAAUUCUCAAUACAAAGAUGUCGAAAGAUGUAUGGGUGGUCUCUAUCACACUGCAUCAAAAAAAUUGCACAGUCACGACAAGGAUAUUGAAAUUGAUGCGUGA